AUGUCUUACAAUGGUGCGUCGAUGAACCCACCCCCUACGAUCGUCGCGGUUUCCACGUCUAGCAAACAUGUGAAACUCGAGAGAGAAACCGAACUCAGGAUCGAAGUCUCCGACACGCCUCUCAAACUCCGUGUCGUGAACGGAACCGCCCAGACGGACGGUACAACCGAAACAGACUACACAGCAGACGAGACACCAAUGGUCAGCUACCUUAACGUGCAUGCAAUCCUAAAUGCAAGAAGACGUGUUGCCCAAGCUUCAGAGUCUACACAAGGACCUAGGGUUAUUGUAGUAGGUCCCGAGGAUUCCGGAAAGAGAACGUUGGCAAUGCUUAUCAACUGGGCAGCUAAAGAGGCGUGGAAGCCUACGUUCGUUGACUUUGACGUUACCCAAGGCUCGGUUUCAAUACCUGGCUCUGUCGCUGCUACACCUAUAGAGACGCCUCUUGAUCCUGUUGUAGGGUUUCCUCUAGAUAUGCCCUUAGUGUACUACUACGGUCACACUAAACCAGGUACCAACGUUGAACUCUACAAAGCUACGGUGAUGGAGCUUGGAAGAGUGCUGGAGAGACAAUUUCUUGGGAACUAUGAGUCUCGAGCUGCUGGUAUGGUGAUCAACACCAUGGGUGGUUACGAUGAGGUGCUUCUCCACGCGAUUGAAACAUUCAACGCCUCGGUUGUUCUUGUGUUGGGUCAGGAGAAGCUCUACAGCAAGCUUAAACAUGUGUUGAGUAGUAAGAGUAAUGUUGAUGUCGUGAAGCUUCAUAAAUCAGGUGGAGUUGUUGCUAAGAACAGUGAGUUCCGUAAAACAGCAAGGAGUUGUCGGAUUCAGGAAUACUUCUACGUUCUGUCCAAAGAACUAUCUCCGUAUGCUAAUACCUCUAGCAUCAGCGAUGUGAAAGUGUUCCGCAUUGGUGGUAGACCACAAGCUCCAAGAUCAGCUCUUCCAAUGGGGUCUGACCCGGUUUCUGAUCCGUUGAAGGUAACGCAUGUGAAUAUCGAUGACCGGGAUGUGCUGCAUUCUGUUCUGGCUGUCUCGUAUGCACAAGAACCAGACCGGAUCGUGUCAAGUAAUGUUUCCGGGUUUGUGUAUGUAACGGAGGUUGAUGUGCAAAGGAAGACGAUUACGUAUUUAGCACCGUCGCAAGGGACAUUACCCAGCAAGUUCUUGGUGGCUGGAUCUUUGUCUUGGAAGAAAAGAUAAGAUGAAGUUAAAUACGGUUUAAAUUCAAUUUUUGUAAUUGCUGCAAUAUAGUUUUAAAUCAACAAAAUCUUAAAUGAAAUAAUUGUUAUCAUCUC